AUGGCUACAUCAGAACCGGUACAGGAAAGCUGGGAGCUGGAACCCAGUAGGCCUCGGGUCCUCCUUGCUGCUUCAGGGAGUGUAGCUGCUAUAAAAUUCGAGAGCCUCUGUCGUGUCUUCUCCGAGUGGGCGGAAGUCCGAGCUGUGGCGACCAAGUCAUCAUUGCACUUUAUUGAGAGAUCAUCUCUGCCUAGCGACGUCAUUCUUUACACUGAUGAUGAUGAGUGGUCUACCUGGACGAAGAUAGGAGACGAGGUUCUGCACAUAGAGCUGCGGAAGUGGGCAGACAUCAUGGUGAUCGCCCCCUUAUCAGCAAACACUCUGGCCAAGUUAAGAGAACAGCAAGCUGCUCUUGUCCCAGCACAAGCUGACAUUUCAUUAGUUUCACAGAUCGCUGGUGGGUUAUGCGACAACCUCCUGACAUGCAUAGUGCGGGCGUGGGACUACAAGAAGCCGAUCUUCGCCGCUCCAGCCAUGAACACCUUCAUGUGGAACAACCCGUUCACGGCGCGCCACAUCGAGACGAUCAACCAACUCGGGAUUUCCUUGGUCCCACCCACCACGAAGAGGCUGGCCUGCGGCGACUACGGGAACGGCGCGAUGGCUGAGCCUUCACAGAUCCAUACGACCGUGAGGCUCGCGUGCAAGUCACAUACGUUCGGCACGGGCAAUUCACCCGCGAUCCCUUCCAGCAGCCACCCUGUCUAG